AUGAUGUCACCGGAGAGUAAUGGGGAGCAGGAGCACGGUACGGUGUUUCCUGUCGGUGUUGCCGUCUCACCGUCGGCCAUCAAAAGGAUGCGUUUUGCUAGUGUCGAUGAGGACGCAAGCCACGGUUCGAGCGUAUCGGAUGUGGCCAAAGCGCUCAACUACGCCGGCAGCAGUGCAUGCGCAAAGGAUCGCUCGUGCAGUGGUGACGCGUUCGAGGACGACGAGUACGAUGGCGGUGCGACACUCGAGUGUACGGCCGGAAGUGAUCGCAGCAGUAGUAGCUGCACGACAGUGAUGUACGGUGCUGGUGGCAAGUGUACCGAACCGAUCGACAACAAUAAUAGCCCGCUGAGCGGUAACAACAACAAUCGGAACGUUAGUGGCACUAGUGGCAGUGUUGGGAGCGGUGCUGGCAUUGGUGGGAUCCUUCACAACAAUAACAACUCGAUCAAGCCACGGCUGGGCGAGAUGGAUGAGGCCAAGUACAGUGAGUUUAGCAAGUUUCUUGCUGACAGCGAGAAGGAUGAAAGUAUGGCGACGAUUCUGGAGCUGUUGCAUGAUAACUACGGCUUAAUACAACGGUACGCUUCCGGUUAUGAGUGUAAACAUGAUAAAUGCCAUUAUGAAAACCUACACGAACAUUUCCACUGCCACGAUACGUUCUGUCGGGGGAAGGUGUUGUACAAGAAAUAUGAGAUCAUACGCCAUCUGAAGUGGCAUAAAAAGCGGAAAGAGUCGCUUAAAUACGGUUUCUACCGAUUCUCCUCAUCGGACGAUUGUAGCAUUCAGUACGGCGCGUGCCAGCAUAAUCAUAAGCAUACACACUACCACUGUGUGCACGACAACUGUGAUAAGGUGUACAUCAGUACGAGCGAUGUCCAGAUGCAUGCCAAUUACCACCGGAAGCAUGAGGCGAUCGUGAAGAAUGGAUUUCAACGCUUUCGAGCGACGGAAGACUGCAACACGGAUUACUGUAUAUUCCGUGCCCAGCGGACGACACAUUUCCACUGUAGGCGGGAGAAUUGCAAGUACACCUUCAAGAACAAAGCAGAUAUGGAGAAACACAAAACGUACCAUCUGAAGGAUGAAAUGCUGCUAAAGGAUGGUUACAAAAAGUUCCUUAAGACGGAGGACUGCACGUACAAGGACUGUCGGUUUUCGCGCGUGUGCAAUCACAUUCACUGCAUGCACGAAAACUGUCACUACGUGCUCCACUCGAGCGGUCAGCUGUUGAGCCACAAGCGGAAGCACGAGCGAAUGGACACGGAGGUGGACUAUAGGCGAUACCAGAUGGCGCGGAAUCUGCUUACCAAAUUCAACCAAAGUAAGACGGAUGAUGGCGCCAAAUCGGGUGGAGAUUUGCUGGUGGGCGCUACCGAACGAUCACCUUCAAGGGAGGAAGAAACGUUGGUUUCGCCGGGUCCCUCGACCAGCCAGGAAGGAGCGAUGAAAAAUCCCUUUUUGGAUCUGCUGGCGCUAAUGGCUGAGAUAACCUUCCGAACGUUGCCGUUGCAGAUGAUGUAUCAAAUGCGGUUGCAGAUGAUGCAGCAAAUGAGCUACGAACAGGUCUUUGCGCCGGAUAACGUCGAGAUGCUCCGAAACCUCUCCAUGAUGGGGAAUAUCGAGGAAACAUAUCUGCAUCAGCUGUACGGAGGGAGAAUAUUGGGAGGCCCGUCGGUAGACCCGAAUAACAGUCAGCAACACAGUCCGGUAAGCUUUGGACACGAUAAACCACCACCAGCGAAACGGAAGUAUAAGCCUCAAGAAGCUACGGAUCAGUUAGAACCCACGGGCGAUGUUCCGUCGUACUUGAAAAAGGAAACGCUAAGUAGUGCACCGCCCCGGUCAAAACUGCUCUCGAACCCAACGGUAGACUAUCGUUUGCUCAAGAAGGAAGACGCCACUCCAUCGCAUACGGCUGCGUCAUCGAGCUCGAUCGAAACCCCUGCGGGCGCAGAUCGCGAUCGUGCGUUACUGGAGACGGCAAACUUCCUGCAGUUUAGCUCGAGUAAAACACUGUUCAACCGGAAGCGGGGACGUCCACGGAAAAACCACGUCAUGGAGGUGUACAAUAAUGUGCAGGACUCGCCGCAAGCCAUAUUUACUAGCUUCAAGCUGGAAAAGAGUGACUCCCGGUCGGCGUCUACGGCUGAAGCACAAUCGCCCAGUGUGCCUUCGACGGUGAUAGAGCCGGACCGGAAUGGGCUGUUGGACGGUGGCAGAGGCCUUCCACCAUCUGGAGCAACCACUACUAAGAAUCAAGCACAGUAUUUGACGGGUGGGACAAAUUACCUGGGACCAAACAGUGGCGCAACGGUUCUGAGUGGACUAGAUCCAGCGGCCAUCUUUGGCAACUUUUCCCAAUUACUGGAGCGUCAUAUGCGAGAGGUCAAACACGAACCUUCCAUUUCGCAGAGUGUGGAACCAGUUCUACCCGAGAAGACUCGAAAUCACCUAAAGUGCGUCGUCUGUCGGAAUCUGUUUGAAACGUUUGCGGACAUCAAGAACCACGAAUGUCGCGGAGAUCGUGCUGCGCUGGAUAAACCUUUGCUAGCGUUCCCACCAUCGCUUGCACCGCACACCGGACAGACGGCAUUGGAUUACCGGAGCUCUGCGUUUCCCGUGCCGGAGCUAGAAGGUUCACCAUCGUCUCGGAUUGCAGCAGUAUCUUCUCUGCUGCCCAUUAGUGCACCCCCACAGGCAAGGGAUUCGGUAUCGUUAGUGAAAACGGCCGGCACCUUCUUUCCGGAUGUGAAUGCAAACAAGCUCAAGUAUGCGUAAGGUGUGACGU